CAAAAAACAGUGAAAAUGUUACAUUCCCAAAAUGAACCAAAAACGAUAGCUGCACGUUUGGAGGGAUACUCUGGAGACUUCCGGCAACUGUGCGUGUCCCAUCACAUAAAACCGGCAGCCACGCCCCCUUGCCCCACAGUGCAUCCCGUGCAGGUGGAAAUAUACGCAGGCAACAGGAGGUUCUCUCCUGUAACGAAGUGUCAACUGAAUCAGUUCAAGUGUCAGCUUAGAAGGAUGAAGUUGUCAGCAGCAUUUUUGCUUGGCGUAGCGACCCUCGUCAGCUGUGCUCCACAAGACGACAACUCGGGAAGCUUCCACAACGUACUUCCACAACCUGUUCACCUCGCUGUUCUCCUCCGGCCGCGGCGACGGCGACGGCGACGACCAGGCAGCCAGCGACGACGGCACCCUGUUCCCGCUGCUGCCCUUCAUCCCCUCCUUCGACGGCCCCCGACCCGACGACUUCCCCGACAACUACUCCAACGAGACGUACGAGAUCCACGACGUCAACGGAACCCGAGUCGAGGUCAACCAGACCAUCACCAAGAACACAGACGACUCGGGCGUGUUCUUCCACAACGUGCACGUGAUCAGGGUCGUGCCCGAGGAGGACGCCGACGCGGGGACGGGGACCCAGGACGGGACGGUGCCCCCGGAGAUGCCCCAGGAGGAACCCGCCAAGAACCAGGAACCCCACCAGCGUCGCCGUCGGUGGCUGGCGAACUUCGCCCGGUCCUUCGUCGGCGAUCUCCUCCUGCGAUACUACCCGGCUCAGGCCCCGAAGAAGGAGGAGUACGGGGAGCUGGGGAGCUGGGGGAGCUGGGGGAGAUGCGCGCCCCUCGACUGAGCUACGAAGGAGACACAGACGUCAACUUUAGGACAUCGAACCUUCGUGAUGAACCAGACGCUCAGGACUUCAGGGCGAUGUCCAUGCGGAGGGAUCCCAAGCGCUGAAACUGAAAUGGGGGAAUGACAGUUUAGAAAAAAAAAGCUUUAAUUAGCACUUAAUGAUACAGCAAGAAAACGCUGAUAUUGAGUAAGUUAUUAUAUGAUUGAGAGAUUUUUUUCUAUUUUUAGAGCCACAAUACCCUUUAAAGAUGUUGAAGAAAUUCCUGAAUAGAUUAUGAUAGUUCAGGAUGAAAAAACUAAACACUAACAAGAAGAAAUAUUUAAGUAGCAAACUAACAGUCAGAUUUAACGACGAAUAUCAGACUCCUGUAUUAUACA